UUCAUAUGAUCCUGACACUGACCUCAACGGUGGAAUGGCCAUCAAAAUUUUUGACACUCUUCUGAGUCAAUUAGGUAAAGGCUACCAUAUAUUUGCUGAUAGAUGGUACACCACCAGAGCACUGAUUGACCAUCUAAUGGACAAGAAAAUGUACUACACUGGUACUGUCCAGAUAAACAGAGUAGGCUUUCCAAAAGCCUUGAAACUUAUAAAGCUUCAGCACAUGGAAAGCCGGUACUGGAUGCAUGAGGACAAAAUCCUUUGUGUUACCUGGAAGGACAAAAAGGCAAAAAAACCUGUCAUAAUGGCUUCCACUAAAGCCAUAGUGGAUAAUGCUAUAACAAAAAAUGACACGGUAAAGCCUGCAGUCAUUCACGACUACAACUUCAAUAUGAAUGGCUGUGAUCGGGCUGAUCAAAUGAUCGGCUACUAUGGUGUCCACAAUAGGAAAACAAGAAAAUGGUGGAAGAAAAUUUUCUACUGGAUCCUUGAAGUGACCACAGUCAAUGCUUUCAUUCUGCAUCGUCUGACAAGGCCACCUUCUGCUGACAUAAAAAGGCAUGACAAAACUUUAAAAAGUUUCAAAUUCCGCCUCGUCGACGAACUGUGUCGAAAUGCCUCCCUUCUUAUGCCCGACCCUACUACUAGGAUUUUUGCUAAGCCUGGACGCCCAAGACUGGGCAAUCCUCUUGAACGUUUAGAAGGGGCCAAACACUGUGUAGUUUACACUGACUAAGACAGAAUAUGUGCUGUGUGCAGUACACCUAAAAAUAUUAAGAGGUGUAAUUUUAUUUGCAAGGGCUGUGAAGGUCAUCCACAUUUACACCCAAAACACUGUUUUGAAAUUUGGCACACUAAAGUAGAUUUGUAAAUAACUGAGAACCUGUGAAUAUUUGUGUAUAUAGUUCUAUAUGGUGUCUAUUAUGAUUUCAAACUGUUUAAUUUCAAUUUUUUCUUUUUUUUGUUUAAAAAUUUGCUAUUGUUAUGUUAUUUUCAAAUGACCAUUACUAAAAAAGUACUGCAUCAAUUUUCAUUCUAAGACUUGUUUUGUUUUGAGAA